AUGCAGCGAAUGAGAUUUGCAGAUAUCCGUCCAGUAAGGCCAGAUGAUUUUGUUUUUGACGAGACGAUUUGCACCAUUAAAGAGCAAAAACCAAAGAUCACACAGGAUUAUACAAAGGAAGAAAAGGAUUGUAUAGCGAAGAAGAAGAUUCUUGCAGUGGCCAUGAAGAAAACUGUUUGGCCACAAAAGAAAUCACAGAAGAAGGAGCUUGAGACAAUGUGGGAAGCGGAUCUGUCAAAAGCAGAUCAGGGACACUUUGACCAAAGAGGAAACUUUGUGAUUGGAAUUCCUCCGAAAGCAUCAUUUCUAUGGCUGGUAAAGAAGUCUCAAAGCGUGCUUGGGCCGUUAACAAGUAAUGAGCUGAGAAGCAUGAUUGAAGACGGCAGCAUUGCAGACUCAUACAUUAGAAGAGACGUAGAUAAGGGGUUUUUGCCAUACAAUAGUGUUGUUAAUGACCUUGGAGAUCUCUUGACAUCAUACAAGGUGGACGAGUAUUUCCAAAAGAAUGCGGUUGCAAACAGCCCGCCCCAAAAGCCUCAGGAAUUCUUUGAGGACCUUUCAUCGAUGUCUUUGAAGAAGGAGCCCAUGAAAGGCAUUGAUCGUGCAGAAGUACUUGAGAGAUGUGUUAAAUCUAGAGGAUAUAUUCAUGGUAAGAAUCCAUCAAUAACUUUGGCACACAUCGAAAAGCGAAUAUCCGGAAAAUCUUUCUCAGAAGCAGUGAACAUAAUCUCAAAAAUAUCAGGCAUAAAAACAAUCGAGGCUGAAGAGUUCCUAAACAUGUUUCUUAAUGAGUCAAAGCUAUCGAUACUCUCAGACAUCUGUCCAGAUGGAUUUGUAAAGGUUGCCCCAAAGCCAAAUAAAAGGACAAAGUAG